AUGGAGCCGUGGCGGCAGUGCGCUCUGUGGCUGAUCAGCUGCCGCGUGCUUCCGCCGCACCACCGCGUCACCUGGCCGUCCGCGCGCGUGUUCGACCUCGCGCAGACGCUGAGGGACGGAGUGCUGCUGUGCCAGCUGCUCAACAACCUGCGGCCGCAGACGGUCAACCUGAAGGAGAUCAACCUGCGCCCGCAGAUGAGCCAGUUCCUAUGCUUGAAGAACAUCAGGACGUUCCUGGGUGCCUGUUCUGAGGUGUUCAGUAUGAAGAAGAGUGAGCUGUUUGAGGCCUUUGACCUGUUUGAUGUGCGGGAUUUCGGCAAGGUUAUGGACACAUUGUCCAAGCUGUCGAACACCUCGAUCGCACUGCAGACUGGAAUAAAGCCGUUUCCGACAGAAGAAAGUGUGGAGGAUGAAGAAAUCUAUAAUCACCUGGAGGACCUGAUAGAUGAGAACGGUGUGGACGACGAGGAGGACCUGUAUGACUGUGUGUAUGAUGAUGAUGAUGGUGGCGAGGUGUAUGAAGACCUGAUGAAGACUGAGGCUGGAGCUCCACCAAAGCAGGCCGAGACGGACAUCAGGAGCUGCUGUCUGGCGGAGAUCAGACAGACGGAGGAGAAGUACACAGAGACACUCGAGUCCAUCGAGAAGUUCUUCAUGCGGCCGCUGGAGCAGUUCCUCCCGGCGGUGGAGAUCGAGAAGGUGUUCGUCAACAUUCCAGACCUGGUGAAGGUGCACAAAAGCCUUCUGCAGGAGGUCCAGAACUCCAUCAAUCACCAAAACUCCAGCAACCUCCACCAAAUCUUCAUGGAUUACAAGGAGAGGUUACUCAUUUAUGGUAAAUACUGCAGCCAUGUCGAGACCGCCAUCGCCUGUCUGGAUGGCAUCUGUAAGGAUAAAGAGGAUGUGAGGCAGAAAUUAGAGGUCUGUUCAAAAAGGGCCAAUAAUGGAAAGUUUACAUUAAGGGAUCUUCUCGUCGUCCCAAUGCAGAGAGUUUUAAAGUAUCACCUGCUUCUCCAGGAAUUGGUAAAACACACUAAUGACGGCACGGACAAGAGCAACCUGCGCAAAGCUCUGGACGCCAUGAAGGACUUGGCCCAGUACGUCAACGAAGUGAAGAGAGACAAUGAGACGCUGAGGGAGAUCGACCAGUAUCAGAAAUCUAUAGAGAACCUCAAUCAGCCUCUGAGUAACUACGGGAGACCGAAGGGCGACGGAGAGGUUCGAGUAGCUUCAGUGGACAAACGAGCCAAACAGGACAGGCACAUCUUCCUGUUCGACGCGGCGGUGAUUGUGUGUAAGCGGAGGGGAGACGUGUAUGAAAUGAAGGAGGUGAUCGACCUCCACAACUUCAAGAUCACCAACAACCCCACCUCAGACAAGGAGAACAGAAAGUGGUCCUACGGGUUCUACCUCACGCACAACCAGGGCCAGAACGGCUUUGAGUUUUUCUUCAAGACCAAAGAGCUGAAGAAGAAGUGGCUGGAACAGUUCGGCAUGGCCAUCUCCAACAUCCGUCCAGAGAAUGGCAACAGCAACUUCCAUGAGUUCCGCAUGCACACCUUCGACAGAAUCACGGCCUGCAGCACCUGCAAGAUGUUGUUGAGGGGUAUAUUUAAUCAGGGUUAUCAGUGCUGUAAGUGUGGAGAAGGGGCCCAUAAGGAAUGUCUCAGCAGAGUGGCUUUGUGUGGAAAAGGCAGCAGCUCCGAUUCAGGAUCCUUCAGGACGCAGGACCGAACACACAGCCGGCGUGUAGAUCCAGGAUUACCGAAGAUGCUGGCUAUAAGGAAUUAUCACGGUGUUCCCAGCCCCAUGUGUGGCCCCGCCCUCAAUAUUACAGAAGGCGACAUCAUCGAGUUGAUCAGAGCGGAUCUACACAGCACCUGGUGGCAGGGCAAAGUCUUGACGACAAGAGAGGUUGGAUACUUUCCAAGCGACGCCGUGAAGCCCUGCCCAUGUGCUAAACCUAUUGAUUAUUCUCCGCAGCCCUGGUUUGCGGGCCGCAUACAGCGUCUGGAGGCGGAGGCGGAGCUUGUGAACAGGAAGAACAGCACAUACCUGGUGAGGCAUCGAGGCCACGACAGUAAUGAGUACGCCAUCAGCAUCAAGUUCAACAACGACGUGAAGCACAUCAAGAUCCUGGCCAGAGACAGCUACUUCCAGAUCGCGGAGAACCGGAGGUUCCGCAGCAUUCUCGAGUUGAUUGAGUACUACAAGCAUCACUCUCUGAAGGAGGGCUUCAGGACGCUGGACACCACACUGCAGUUCGCCUACAGAGAGCCAGAGAACGGAGGAAGCAUCCCAUUGCUCUGCGGCCUUUCUUUUGUAACUCCUGCUGGCUACAGCUUUAUUCCUCCCUCCUCCGCCCCCUUCUGGUCAGUGUUCGCUCCGAAGGUGAUCGGCGUGGCGAUAGCUCGCUAUGACUUCUGCUCCAGAGACACGCGAGAGCUCUCCCUGCAGGAGGGAGACAUGGUGAAGAUCUACACCAAAUCAGGAGCCAACGGCUGGUGGAGAGGAGAGGCCAAUGGCAGGGUGGGCUGGUUCCCCUCCACAUACGUAGAGGAAGGUGAAGAGUGAGUGAGACAAAACUGGAGUGAGAGCUGGACUUCAGUAAAACCCAGAGAGUCUAUUUUGAAAAAUCCAGACUGGACCGGAGCCACGGUGGGACUCUGAGAGGCAGAGAGAGGCCUUCUUUUUUCCUCUUCUCUCUCUCUCUCCCUCUCUCUCUCUCUCCUGCUGGAUGGACACAUUAAUGGCUGGAGUUGAGCUCCAGGACGGCGACCCUGCCGGUCAGGCGGAACGCAGGGAGCAGACUUUUAGCCUUGACCUUUGACCCUUUGGACUAGACCGCUAUCCCUUUACACUCCCGGCAGCCACGGAUCUGUCACCAGAGGAGAUGCUGGGUGUGUGUGUGUGAGUGUGUGUGUGUGAGUGUGUGUGUGUGUGUGUGCGUGUGUGUGUGUGUGUGUGUGUGUGUGUGUUGUGACCUUGAGUUCCACUUACCUGCAGCAUUAUUGAUGAGUCUGUCCCCCUUCCUCUCAGCAGGGGGCUCAGGAGGGGACGUCCUCACUCCUUUCUCUCUCUCUCUUUUUCCCCAUCCUUCUAUUUCUACUCAGAUUAAAGCGAUAGUUUGUCAAAAAAUAUCAAAUUCACAGUCUGGUAGAAAAUACAACCCACUAGAAACUCGCUUGUCUGCGGUAAUUCUGUUACCAUCAGGAUGUGAGAGUUUUAUCUCCUUGGAUACCUGUAAUAAUUUUUAUUACAGCCGCCCCAUAAUAAUCAGAUCCAAUCCGAACAUGGUUUACAGAGUCAGAAGCCACAUAACACUGCUGUCGGACUAAAACCUCGUAUCUCUAUUUUCAGUUUUUGACAUAAUGUGAUAAUAUCUACUGUCCUUUAUAUUGUGUGUAAAUUUCAUGAUGAAUGGAUGCAAAGAAACGGCCCAGAAUCACUUGGAAAAAAAGUCUGGUUCCAUUGACUUACAUUAAAAGUGGAGUAUGUUUUUUCCUUUUCUUGUAAAGUUACCAUUUUGGAGUUACAAGGUUUUCUUCCAACAGCAGCGACAAGCAAACCUGUUAGGGAUUAUCAAACAUUUAUUUAUAAUUUAUUUUUAUUUAGCCUUUAUUUUUACCCAGACAAGUCAUUACGAGAGAGGGAGAAACACCUCUGCAUUCUUUUAGGCAUGCUAAUUGGUGGAGUAUAGACUUCCAUUACUUGUUAGCCACAUUAGCCUCAUAGCCCCAGUGCUAAACCCAAAGAGGCAAACUUCAGAUACUGAACUUGUCCUGACUGAUUGACAGCACUUGUAGUAAAGUUUGGGGGGAAACCAUUUGAUUUGUAGCCAAACUAUCACUUUAAGGUCACAUUGUCACCUCAGUUAGAAAUGAUCUCCAUCAUUUUCCUGUUUUUUUUUCUCGUCCUUCUCUCUCCUCUCCUCUCCUCUCGUCUCCUCCCCCCACUUUCACUUUUCCACUUCAGAAGAGCUGGCUGGUUGUUGUCUGUUUGGGUUUUGCUUUGUUCUCUCGAUAUUUUAUUAUUUUUUUUUCUCCUCCGUUGUUGCUGCUUAUCUCCGGAGAUGUUCCGUGGGCUGUCACGACAUGUUUAUCUGAUUUUGCGCGUUAGCGUAUAGUCGGGGAACACACAACGAGAGAGGAGGCAACAGCCAGGCGGCUGACAGAAAACAAAAGAGCGAGAGAGAGAAUGACAGUGAGAGAGAGAGAGAAGCAGCAGGGUCUCUCCAUCCGAACGGAUCUCAUUAGAUACUACAGCCACUGCCGGCUUAAUCUACUAAUGAGGGGGAUUUAGCCACACAUCAUCAGAACACGUAGUUCUGCCUAAUAACUCCCCACAAAGCCGUCUCGCAAACAGACUGACGCUGCGUUCACAUUACAAGGUCAAAGAGGAACAAAUCUGAUUGGCAGGUGGUUUUUGAGCUCAUCGUUCAAAAUCUGACUCAAUACAGUUUUGUACACAGUCCUUGAUCGCAACAUUGGUAUCAGAGUUGAUGUUUUUGCAGCAGCUUUAACUUGAUUAAAUAUGAAAGUGCUGGUGCUUUCAGGGCUCAGGGGUCAGAUAUCCCUCACUAAUGUAAACUGUCUCGGAUCUGACCUGAAAAUCGGUGGCUUAAAUCGGAUUUUUUGUAAUGUCUGAUUUGAGCAGGAAAGAUUUUCUGCAGUCUGAACGGCAAAAAGCCAUAUAAUAUCAGACUUUUUACAAUCACGUUCAAACCACUUGUGGUUUCAAAUCCGAUUCCGAUCACAUCUCUGGACAUCAGACUCAGAGACUGUUUACACCCUGCAUUAACAUGCAUUGUCUGUGAUCGGAUAUUGAUAAGAUUUCACUCGGCCAUGUGAAAAGCCAGGUGUAAACACACCCAGGACGCAUGGUGAUUAGAUUACGAUCACUUGGUAGAAGUCGCAAACAGAUCUUGACCACAUUCUGCCCAGGUGUAAAUGGAAUGUGUUUUCAUUCUUUUUUGGGGAUUUUUAUCCAAUUGUUUCUGCAAAAUUUAGUCCAAUUUCACCCGCUAGCUAACUCUCAGUCUAUCACACAGCGCCACCAAAGUUGUGAGUUUAAAGGGUAGCACCAGCUUACUCAGAGACCCAAGAACCCCCAAAAAACUGGAGUUAAGUAGCAAAAUCAGUUUCUCCUGCAGUGUGAGCAGAGCCGGUAGUGUGAACGCAGCCUAAAGUCCACUCUUUAAGAAGACUGGACCUCAUUCUCCGAUAUCUUCCUAAGUUUGUUCUUAACUGUGUUGUUGAGAAAGGUCCUAAGAAAAAGUCUACGUCAGAUUCAUGACGUGUUCUUGAAGCGCAGAGCUGUUCUCACCUUUGAGCUCUUGAGUGUGUAGAUUCUGUUCUCACCUAAGAACAAAUCCCAGAUAAGAAAACACUGGUGAAUCAGAAUCUUCGUCAGAACUGCGUAAGUGUGUUUGAAGAAGAAAUUUCUUCUUAAGAAUGGUUGGUGAAUGAGGCCAAUGGUUCUUCAAGGGUUCUAUAGUAAAGAGAGUGGUUCUAUAUCAGACCAUCUCUGUGUAGCACCGAAAGGCGUUCUUCUGUUGUUUACUGUCAAGCUUUUUGGUGCUAUACAGAACCAUAUUCAACACAUUUUCCAUCAAUGUGAAGAACCAUUUCACCAUGCAAAGAACAAUUUAAGCAUGCAUGGUACUUUGAGUGUUCUUGGUUCUAUAUAGAACCAUUGUCUGUGCUAAGGAACCCUUGAAGAACCAUCUUUUUCAGGAGUAGUGAGCUUUUUGUGUGAAUCGAAUUAGGAGCCCUGGCUGCUGUGUUCCUGCCUCCUCUUUGAUAGACAGAUACAGAUGUGUGUAGCUUGGAAAGGUGCAGUUGAUGCUCUGAGGAAACUGGGCAUCAGUUGUUCUCAGAAACUAGAAGUUCUGCCAGGAGAACAUCGGCUUAGUACGUCAGUUUAUAUUCUGCUGAGAAUAUGAACUGCCCAUGAACAGAUACAAACCAGCCAGCUUUAAAAUCCACAUAUGACAAAGGCUGAGUUCCCUAAAACCUAUAAAAAAGCUCCAUCAUAUUACUGGAAGAUACUUUUAUUUUGUUUUUUUUGCAUUGGUUUUCAUUUUGCUUUCGCCUUUGUCACAUUUCUCUGUUUCGUCAGGUGUUACAGAUAAAUAAUGAAGCAGAAAAAUGUAUUUUUUUCAUCCCUGUAACAUGAAGAAACUGUUGAAGGACCUUUAAGGAUAUUUAUUGAUGUAUAUAAGGACGUCUGAGAGGAGUUCUGUGACGUGCUUGUGACUUGCUAAGUGUUAAUCUCAUCCUGUUCUCUAGUCUGGCCUGGUUAGUCUGCAGUGUAGCGCUGCCGCCACUAGAUGGCAGCACCAUUAAUGAAUGAGUUCCCAUACAUCUCCUCAUUCCCUCACUGUCCUAGUGCUGUGGUCUUUCCUGGUCAUGUGAGCUGAUUCUGUUUAGACACACAAAGCUGACGUCAGUCGGUUCCUAUGCAGCAGCGUAACUACAACAGCUUUCUUUUCCUCUGUAGACGAAGCGGCUCUUUAAGGCCGGUGCAGGUUGAGGCCUCUUCAGUAGAACGAUUAUUAUCCCUCACUCAGGGCCUGAGGGUGUGGAGGGUAAUUGGGGUACACUUACCCUGCUGGUGACAAAGUGCUGGGCAGGCUGUGAGGUCUUUGGAGGUGGCGGGGGUCCGCACUCUGAGUGGAUUAUGCCUUUUAUUCUGUAAACCUAUGCAGUGUAAGCGGCCAGGGGCCGAGGAACGGGAAGGAUGUGGAUAUUGAAAUGUGAUGCCCCUCCCAAUAAAACGUCACUAUCAUAUUUUACUGCUGGUAAAAAAAAAUAUAGUCGUAUGCAAAAGUUUUGGCACCCCGGUAAUAUUACGUUUUUUGUCGAUGAAAAAAAUUAGUUACACAUCCUCUACAGAGACACACUUCUGCACUAUUUUAGACACAAUUAAUGUUUAUUUGCUGAAUUUCACAUAUAUUUAACAUAUUGGGGAAAAACCUAAGUGUGGCCCGUGGAAAAGUUAUUAUGCAUUUUAUAUUUUACGUUUUAUUUUUUCUAAUAUGUUAAUCUCAGCAAACAAAUAGAAGCUGUGCACUUAGAGUGGCAAAAAAUGUUACCUGUAGAG